GUAUUUGAUGCCACACUCUCUUCUGGAGACUGUCAUUUCACAACAUUAUGAAAGGACACACAGGUGAUAUGGAGAACACGUCCAAGGUGGAACCCUCCAAUGGGCACAGCAGGCCUCUGGACAUCGUGCCGAGUACAGAGGAGAAGAUGACGGACAGGGGUCAGUGGGGCAACAAGAUCGAGUUUGUUCUGUCAGUGGCUGGAGAAAUUAUUGGCCUGGGGAAUGUGUGGCGUUUCCCUUACCUUUGCUAUAAGAAUGGGGGAGGUGCCUUUUUUAUACCAUAUCUAAUCUUCCUGUUUGCUUGUGGGAUCCCCGUCUUCUUCCUGGAGACGGCUCUGGGUCAGUACACCAGUGAGGGAGGCAUCACUUGCUGGAGGAAAAUCUGUCCACUGUUUGAAGGAAUCGGUUAUGCCACCCAAGUGAUUGUCGCUCUGCUGAACAUCUACUACAUCGUCGUGUUAGCAUGGGCCAUCUUCUUUCUGUCCAACUCCUUCACCUGGGAUCUGCCCUGGGCGUCCUGCAACAAUAGCUGGAACACACAUUCCUGUAUGGCAUUUCAGAGGGGGAAUAGCUCCAUCAAUCACCAUGAGAAUGCCACCUCUCCUGUCAUUGAGUUCUGGGAACACAGAGUACUGAGAAUUUCCUCAGGUAUUCACCACAUUGGCUCUCUGAACUGGGAUCUGGUAAUCUGUCUAGCCGUUGCAUGGGUCAUCUGCUACUUCUGCAUCUGGAAGGGAGUCAAAUCCACCGGCAAGGUGGUUUACUUCACAGCCACCUUCCCUUAUGUGAUGCUACUGAUCCUACUGGUCAGAGGAGUGACCCUGCCGGGAGCCUCCAGGGGAAUCCACUUCUACCUUUACCCUGAUUUGGGACGACUAUCUGACCCACAAGUAUGGAUGGAUGCUGGAACUCAGAUCUUCUUCUCUUAUGCCAUCUGCUUGGGCUGCCUCACCGCUCUGGGGAGCUACAACAAAUACAACAACAACUGCUACAAGGAUUGUCUGUCCCUCUGUUUCCUAAACAGUGGGACCAGUUUUAUUGCAGGUUUUGCCAUCUUCUCCAUCCUGGGCUUCAUGUCUUAUGAACAAAAUGUGCCCAUCUCAGAAGUAGCUGAAUCUGGUCCAGGCUUGGCUUUCAUAGCCUAUCCCCGUGCUGUGACCAUGAUGCCUUUUUCCCCUCUGUGGGCCUGCUGCUUCUUUAUUAUGAUCGUCUUCCUGGGACUGGACAGUCAGUUUGUGUGUGUGGAGAGCCUGGUGACAGCCAUGGUGGACAUGUAUCCCUCCACCUUCCGCCGCAAGAACCGCAGGGAGCUCUUUAUCCUGGCUGUAGCUGUGGUAUCCUUCCUCAUGGGGCUCAUCAUGCUGACAGAGGGAGGCAUGUACGUCUUCCAGCUCUUUGACUACUACGCAGCCAGUGGGAUGUGCCUGCUUUUUGUGGCUGUAUUUGAGACAGUGUGCAUUGCCUGGAUUUAUGGUGCAGAUCGUUUCUAUGACAACGUAGAGGAUAUGAUUGGAUAUCGCCCCAGCCCUGUCAUCAAAUACUGCUGGCUUUUCUUCACCCCUGCAACAUGCUUCAGUACCUUCGCCUUUGCAUUGAUUAAAUACUCACCUCUGAAGUACAACAAUGAAUAUGUGUACCCAUGGUGGGGGAAUGGGAUCGGCUGGAUCCUGGCUCUGUCCUCCAUGCUUUGUAUCCCUCUCUGGGUGGCAGCGAAACUGUACUACACCCCAGGAACAAUCAGAGAACGCCUUAUUCUCUUGACCACUCCUUCCACUGACUUACCGAAGACCAAGCAGGAGCAGGAGAGGCUGCUGGCCAUCUUUGCAGCAGACGGUGACAGCCUCCAUCAGAAAGCACCUGCCACUAAGGAUGGCUACUUCCCAGUGGAUGAAAAGGAAUCUAACUGCUAGAGACUUGAGGACAGCUCUCUCUACAAUACCUCACCUGACAAGGUGGUGAAACAGGUGCAGAUGCAGACUCACCUGCAAUUGCCUUCUUGCUGCUGGAGCUUUCUCCUUUUUUUUAAGGUGCCUUCAACGUACCGUAUGACGGCAACAGCAUUCGUACUUAAAGAGUUUCAUCCUUUUUUUAGGACAUUGGAUAACAUCUCAUUUGCCAGUGGCAGAGUAGCAUGUACAUUUGAAAAUGUGACAACUGUUGUUACACAGUGGCUAAGAUUUUUUUUUUUACAUUUGAUCAUGUCUGCUUUCUAAGGAAGCAUUUUCUUCUGUUAUGGACAUCUCUAAUGUUCAGUUAGUCUGACAUGACAUUACAGUUCAUUUCUUGAUUUUAACAGCUGUCUGCAACAGAUGGAACGCAGAGGGAGGAACAUGAGUGCACAGAUCGUAAAAGUUAAUAAAGUCUAUUUCUUUUAAAAUCAUUUUCUAAUAUAUAAACAGAGUACAUCUAUAAUGUGUACUCAGUUCUAUCAUGCUGACAGCAUUGUUUUUACCAUACAGUAGAGAGCUAUCAUCUCAGGAUGUAAAACAUUCUAAUAAGUACAUUCUUACAAAAAUAUACUAACUGCCAGUGCUUAAGAAUGCAAGAAACGGAUGUUAAAUUUACACUGAGCUGAAGUGACCUCAAAUCAGCUUAUUUAAACUUCACUGUUUCUUGUUUCUUUCAAAAUAAUAUGAUUGUGGCAACUGAUUAAAUGUUUUCUGUCUCCUUCAUUGGGCUUUGCAGAGUCACAUGGAUAUUUUACCCUUUUUUCAGUCUUUUGAUAUUGACAUGAUUUUAAUCUAGUUGGGUUUGCCUUAUCUCUAAUGCACUGUACUGUAUUAAAAUAAAAAUGUUAAGUGCCUGAAGAAGACGGUUGUGCCACUUAGAUACUAUAAGCUAGGGGGGCUGGUUGAAGGGUUUCAUUCCAAAAAGAACAUUUCACUUGCCAUCUUUUUUUUUUCUCUUGUCUUUGCUGUAAGAAACUUCAUCCUGUGUUUCUUUAGAUGUCGGAAUGAAUAUAUGAUCAUUGAUUACUUAUAAAGAACACUUUUAGAUGUGUAACUUUUAUACUCUAAAACAUUUUUUUUUAUGACUGAAUAAAGAUACCUUCAUUUGAAACAUGCA